AUGUCUUCCACAAUAACUCAAAAGAGUGCAGAACUGAGCACAAGAGCUCACACAAACGAUUUACAUACUUCCCAUUCCGAAGAAAUUUCAAAGGUAAUAUCUAACAUUGUCUCCAGAACACAUACUAGUGCUAAUGUUAUCUCCUCUUCUUGGUCGGUAUCGAAUUCUGAAGGUGCUAUUUCUGAGAAUACCAUGACAGGUCAUUUGUCAAUCAUUGCACACUCAUCUAGCUUGCAACUUGAUUUACCUACUAAGAGCGACCUUUUGACCACAUAUCACACAGUUAACGUGCAGACAUAUUCAAGCGGUUCUGCUUCCAUCUUCCCGCAGUCAUCUGCCUCAGCAUACGUAUCUCAUGAACAAUCAUCUAUGUCGCAAGAUGUAUCGUCUGGAAGGUACUCAAAUACUGGAGACGGCCACCUGUUAGAAACUGGUUGUGAAAGAUGUGCCAGAUACACCAUCACGUUUCCCCAAGUCCAAUCUGGAGGAUCUGUGGAGACAGUUUCGGCCAUCGUGGAUGUCACCACAAAUUCCAAUGGUGCUUUAACUGCAAGCACAUCUGCUUUUCUCCAAACGUCUUCUUUAAAAGCCGCCCUGAAGCUGGAUCCAUCAACUUCAUCUUUUAUUUCACCUACUACACAUGUUCCUAGUGAAGUAAGUCUGAAAGCAGACUCUGAUGGGGAAGUCACCAUGGUAACGUCUAAACCUUCUGAAAGUUUUACCGCAGUUCAGAAAUGUCCAGAAUGCACAAGCCAUACCUCUAAAACUGACGCAUCCCUGGGAUUGAACUUUUCAUCUGAUAAUGUGUCAUCAAAUCAUAAGCAAAAACCGUCACUGAUAUUGAAGUCCAACACUUUUGCUCUACUGUCAACUUUUGAUGUGGCUUCUUCACUUUCUUUGAACGGAAGUGGCUCUACAGAUUCUUCAGCUGUUAAACAUAGUCUUCCUACUUCUACUUUAGUAUUUUUCACUUCAGAUAACACAGUUCAGAAACACACAAUUGCUGCAAUAGCCACCACUAUAGAUGGAGAGCAGUCCACUUUACUAUCCGCUCUGUCCCUUGAAAGUGUGGCGAGCAGUAACUAUUUCAAAGCAUAUUUUAAUAGUUCUACACAUGUUAGAUCUGAAGUCCCCUUAUCUGUCUCGACAUCCACGAAUAUCCUGCCACCAUCUCAAUCUCAUAAGUAUGGCGAUCCUUCUACAGCCGCUGUGGCUUCAGAAACAGGGUUGCAAUUUCCUUAUCUGCCAAGUUCCGAAACAGAUUUACCAUCUUCUAUGAUACCUUCCGGAAAGCUCUCUUCUAAAACCACACUAUUUGAAGAGUCGGUUACCGUGCCGACUUCUGUGCAUUUCAUUUUGUCACAUACACUGACGAACACAGUCGGUGUUCCUUCGGAUAAUGAUCCCAAGCAGUCAGCGAGUGAUGUUAUCGAAUUUAGCCUGAUGCUUUCGAAUCAGCAUAAGCUGAUGCCUGAAAUGGAAUCUUCAGAAGGUGUUGCAUUCACAGAAACUACUUCACAAAGAGAAACUUUUUCUAUUGUUUCUACCUCCACUUUUGCUGCAUCUCUGGCCCAUGUUUCGCAACAGGAUACUCUUUCUUUACCUUGCGGUGAUUGCACCAGUGACAACCUAUCGCCGUCAGAAGACAGCGGAUGGGGUCCAGUAACUGCUAGCUUGACAUCCAGUAAAAGAGAUAACAUUACCAUUCUUUAUACCUCGACAAAGGCGUCUACAUAUGUCGAUUUUCAUACCUCUUCAACAACUAAUGAGCCGAUUUUUGAUCCAUCGAUGUCCAUUGCGACUGAACUGCAAGACUAUCACGGAACUGACUUGCUUAACACGAAGAAGGCAAACUCUUAUACAAUGUCUACUUUGGCCAGCGUACAUUCGUCUAGAUUACUGGUCGCGUCAGGUUCUCCACACCCUGCAGUUUCCACCACAAGCGUUGAUUCUGGUCUCAAGUUACAUCUAACUUCGUUUCUUGUUCUAUUUAGUACAAUUUUGGCUGCUCUCCUAUAG